UGACACGAUGGUCUUGAUCUUGGUCUUGUACGGUCUGCAGCCAAGAAGGUAAACAUUGCCUGGGGCAGGCUGUGAUAUCAGGAGAAAAAUCAAGACUCCCUGGCCAUGGCAAGGGAAACCUGCACGAUGCUUCGUACAGUCAGCAGCCGCUGGCAGAGUAAGAAGAACUUUGCCCUGCCGAGUGUGUGCCGUCAGUACCACGUCGGGGGGCCCUCACUGACGGCAGACAUCCUUCAUGGCCACUGGGCCUCCAGCCACCAGUACCAGCAGCUGGACCUGGAAGAGAACUUUGCCUCAUCCAAGCUGCCCCUCAAUGAGCUGCCACCCAAGGAGGCCAAAGUGGUGGUGUGUGGCGGCGGCAUGGUGGGCACCUCCGUCCUCUACCACCUGGCCAUGCUGGGCUGGGGCAAGGACGUUGUCAUGCUGGAGCAGGGAAGGAUUGGCGGUGCUUCCUCAUGGAGGAGCUCAGGGUUCCUUGGGGGCGUGAAGCUCAUGCAGCCAGAGAUGAAAAUUUUAUGGAAAAGCAAAACCCUCGCCCAGGAGUUAUCUGAUGCUGGCCAUGACACAGGCUGGAAGCAGUGCGGGGGCCUCCACCUGGCGCGCACCCGGGACAGAAUCACACACUUCCGCAAGAUGAAGGCGAUUGCAGAAGCCAGUGGAACGGAGUGCUACAUUCUCACCCCAGAAGAAACUGCUAAGAAGUGUGACAUUCUCAACACGUCGGACUUGGUGGGGUCAUUCUGGGUGCCCAACGAUGGUGUGUGUGACCCUUACAAACUCACAUUCACUCUCCUCAAGCUGGCACUAGAACAAGGGUCGCAAGUGGUGGAGGAGUGCCACCUCUCCCGGAUACUGGUCCAGAAUGAGCGCGUGGUUGCCGUGGAGACCAGCAAGGGGAUGAUAGAGUGCGACUAUAUAGUGAACACCGGUGGGCUGUGGGCCAGAAACGUGGGCUGGAUGUCCGAGCCCCAGGUGAAGGUUCCCGUCCAUCCCGCCGAGCACUACUUCCUCUACACACAGAAGCUGGACGGCAUUGAUCCCCUGAUGCCGGCCAUAAGAGAUCCAGACGGUAACAUAUACAUGAGGGAGUUCAACGGAGGCUUCCUGUGUGGAGGGUUUGAGAAGUGGGCCAAGCCGUCCUUUGAGAAAGAGUUACCAGGUGCACAUCAGGACCGGGAGUUGCUGGAGGACUGGGACCACUUCUUCGUGAUGCUGCGUGAGAUGCUGUUCCGCGUCCCCGUCAUGAAGAACGCCGUGCUGGGCCGCCUCUACAACACCUCCUGCGCCUUCUCCGCCGACCACCGCUGGAUUCUGGGGAUGGUGCCUGAGCUGACUAACUACUUUGUGGCGGCCGGUCUGCGUAGUGGCGGCAGCACUGCGGCGGGCGGCAUCGGCUCCAUGAUUGCCGAGUGGAUCGUCAGUGGCACCCCAAACAUGGACGCGUACGACCUCGACAUCUUGCGUUUUCUUCCGAUGCACAACAACGGAAAGUUCUUGAUGGACCGCGUACAAGAGAUUCCAGGAAUCCAUUACAGCAUCGCGUACCCCUUCCCGGACUUCACAACCGGGCGCUGCCUACGCAUGUCACCCAUAUUCCCUAGACUGAAGGCUGCCGGCGCUGUGUUUAACCAGGUCAUGGGCUACGAGCGCCCCAGCUACUUCGUUCCAAAGUCCAGCGCAGAUGUAGAAGAGUAUGAAACAUCAGCCGACAGUGAGAUUUCAUUCCCAUUCGAAAUCGCAAAGACCCAAACAUGGACCAAGCCACAGUGGUUCAACUAUGCCGCCAACGAGUACGCGGCCUGCAGGGAGGGCGUGGCCAUUCUUGACUACUCCUCCUUUGCCAAGUUUGAUGUCUGGUCCAAAGGGAACGAGGUUGUGCAGGCCUUGCAGUACCUGUGCAGCAACGACGUGGACAUUCCCGUCGGCAACAUCAUUCACACUGGGAUGCAGAACCCUUACGGCGGCUACGAGAAUGACUGCUCCCUGGCUCGCACGGCACCCAACCACUACAUGAUGAUCGCGCCGAGCAUCCAGCAGACCCGCUGCGUCACCUGGCUCAAGAGGAACCUUCCGGCGGAUGGUUCGGUGGUCAUGAGUGACGUCACUUCCAUGUACACGGCCAUAUGUCUGAUGGGCCCACUGGCCCGGAAUGUUCUGUCCGAGUUAACAGAUGAAGACCUCUCCACCAAGACCUUCCCAUUCUUCUCCUUCAAGGAGAUCGAUGUUUGUCUGGCCAAUGGGAUCCGUGCCAUGAACAUCACCCACACCGGGGAGCUGGGAUGGGUGCUGUACAUCCCGAAUGAGUUUGCGCUACACGUGUAUGAAAACCUGGUGUCCGUGGGCAAGAAGUACAACAUGCUGCACGCCGGAUACUAUGCAAUGCGCUCCCUCAGGAUAGAGAAGUUUUAUGCCUUCUGGGGCCAAGACCUGGAUUCCACCACAACCCCCUUGGAGUGUGGCCGAAGCUUCAGAGUCAAACUUAAUAAAGACAUUGAUUUCAUCGGUCGGGAAGCUCUGGAGCAGCAGAAGAAGAAAGGUGUGAAGAGACUGUACGUGCAGCUUCAGUUGGAGGACCACAACCCAGAGGUGGACCCUUGGGCCUGGGGUGGGGAGCCCAUCUACAGGGACGGUGUCUUCGUGGGCGUCACCACCACCACCGGCUACGGCUUCACACUCAACAACCUGAUUUGCCUCGGCUUUGUGAGGAACUACGAUGAAAACGGCAACAUGGACUACGUAACCCCAGAGUACAUAAUGGCUGGUCACUACGAGGUGGAUAUUGCCGGCGUGCGUUACCUAGCCACCGCCACACUGCGCUCGCCCUCCCUGCCCACCAAGUUCCCAGAGCCCCAGGCCAACCGCUACCUGGCAACGCAGACUUAACUCUCGUGAUAAUUUAGCGCACAAGUUAAGUGUUCCCGGAGCUGAGGUAAGGAAUCUCUAACAUUAUUCUAUGUAGUUUUGUUGAAGAAGGUUUAUAUGGUGCUGUCAGAUUAGAAAGCUAGAAUCUGUAUUGUUUUGAGAAAUGUAACAGCUGGGUAGCUGUAGUAUACUGCCUUGAAAUAAGUUUUCUUUAUGUAGCUCGAGUGAUGUGAAAUCCUUGUAGAAGGUAUUUGCUAGUCAUUAUGAUAGUAUUAUAUAGAGGAAGUAAUAGUCAUGUGGCCUGCAGCCUUAUGUUCAAGACUGACAUAAUUAGGCACCACAUUGAUGUGAUAAUAGACAGGGACAGGCCCAGUAAGAUAUCAUGAGAAUUGAAGAUCCUGCAAACCAUGUCCACCAUCAUUAAGGACAAAGCAAGUUGCAAGGAACUGGCUGCUACCAUUGUGACCCUUGAGUUAAGAAGAUAGCCUUGCUCAUUCUUGAUUAUCUCAUGGGAAUAAUUUCUUCAAUAUCCGACUGUUCGAUAACUGACCUGUUGUCUGGGUACAGGUAUAGGUCGGUUGUGGAAAAUUCCUGUAUAUAUAUUAAUAUGUAGUUUAUUAGAUGGUUUUCCAGUGUCCAUAGAUUGUGUAAAUAUUGUUUAUAGCUCUGUGUAUAUAAUAGAUAAGGAUAAACAGAAACUAUAAACGAGGUCCUUAGUAAUUAUGUAGACAGUGACUGAACUAUUCAAUAAGUCUUUGUUUUAAUUAAUGAUGCUUAGUGUAGAAAGAGAUUUAUGCCUCCUAUUCAAGUUCCUGCUCCUUCAUUGUCAACACUGCUAAGCCACAGGUGUUAAUUAUCUACAAGUCUGUCUUUGAUAUUGUAGAAUGUUUUAUAAAUGCAUAGCUGAGGCAACAUCUCCUUGAAGCUCACAUGAUAGAGACUAACAUAGAAAGAUUGGAAUUUAAGGGGACACAAUGCUUCCCUUCAACUGAGGAUUGUCUGUAUCUGUUUAUUUACUCUUUUUUUUCCUGGCUGUAGAUACUUAAGUUAGGUGUGAAUAAGUCCACACAACUCAUGGUGCAUUAUUAACUUGAUAAGGAGUGAACAUUUUAACCUUCACUGUGUUCAUAUCAAAUUUACAUUUAUAUGACUACCAGCAGUUUAGUAAUACAAUAGUUAUGACUUUCUUACUGUGCAUAAAAUAAAUUACUGCCUUUAAUAUAUCUUAAUUUCUU